GGCCGCCGGAAACGGAAGUGUCUAUAAGGAGCGUCCGGCGAGAGGACGGGAGGAACGGUCCUUGCUGCUGUUGUUGAGGGGACUCGGAGGCAGAAGCAGCCAGCGAAGAUCUGAAGAACAAUGGGGAAUACCAGCAGCGAACGUUCAGGAGUGGAGCGCCAGGGAGGCCACAAAACUCCUCGCUCGGGAGCCAAGGAUGGAGACCGGCCUAAGAUCUUGAUGGAUAGCCCUGAAGAUGCUGACUUAUUCCAUUCGGAAGAAAUGAAGGCUUCUUUGGAGAAAGAAGAAUUCCUAGCUUGGCAGCAUGAUGUGGAAGUGAAGGACAAGGCCCCUACGCAAGCACGGCCGACAGUCUUUCGCUGGACUGGAGGAGGGAAAGAAGUGUAUUUAUCUGGCUCUUUUAACAAUUGGAGCAAACUUCCACUGACAAGGAGCCACAAUAAUUUUGUAGCAAUCCUUGAUCUUCCAGAAGGUGAACACCAAUACAAGUUUUACGUGGAUGGGCACUGGACACAUGAUCCUUCAGAGCCUAUAGUUACCAGCCAGAUGGGGACCCUCAACAAUGUUAUUCAGGUGAAGAAAACAGACUUUGAAGUCUUUGAUGCUUUAAUGGUGGACUCUCAGAAGUGCUCCGAUGUGUCUGAGCUCUCAAGUUCACCCCCCGGGCCCUACCACCAGGAACCCUACAUGUGUAAGCCCGAGGAUCGGUUCAAAUCUCCACCUAUUCUUCCUCCACACCUGCUGCAGGUUAUUCUCAACAAAGACACUGGGAUUUCGUGUGAUCCAGCACUGCUUCCGGAGCCUAAUCAUGUCAUGCUGAACCACCUCUAUGCGCUCUCCAUCAAAGAUGGGGUGAUGGUGCUCAGUGCCACCCACCGUUACAAGAAAAAGUAUGUGACCACCUUGCUGUAUAAGCCCAUAUGAACUGUGCAUGGGGGCCUUGGCUGAUGGAGCAGCAUGGGCAAGAACCCCAAAGUGUGCCUUUGUCACGGGGAAGACUUGGUGUCCAAUCAUACAGCUUUUUUUUUAAAGAGACCAGAUUUGUUGAAUUUGUUGCCUUGUGUGCACAUUGCGCUCUCUUUCUCUUCGUCUGUCUCCUGCUGCGGGUAUCCUUCAGCCCAAUAAGCAGAUAUACGCCUGUUUUACCAAUGAAGCAUGACCGUCCAAGGAUUGCCCUACAGUCCUAGCCUGUCUAUUAAAAAACCAAAGCCUGAGGACAUCAGGGUUGCAGAGCACAUUUUUAGCCUAGCGUUUUGAGUUGCCAGUUAGUAGCAAAACAUUCAAGGGGUUGGGAGAAUCCAGGCUUUCUGUAUUUUGAUUUUACAAGUGCCAUCUUCUUCCGCUUUUCAACUCUGGGGAAUAGAUUUUAUAUUAACUAUGCUCCAUAAAUGGUAAGAAUUUGAAGGAGAAUAGUGUUCCCUUUCCCAGAGUUGAGAACCCCAAAUAAUUUUGCUACUUGUCUGAAAUGGCUACAGUCGUUCUUUCCAAGGCCAGCCAAGGGAUGAGGUCCAGCAAUAAUACAAGGGAAGGAAAGCUGUUCCCUGUCUUUGAAUGCCAAUGGCCACGUUGGUGCCCCAAGUAAAUACACUCCCCCACCUCCUUCGGAACCAGCUUGUGCCUUUUUGCCAGGCCAGUCAAGGAAUUCAGGGACUUGGUAGGCCUUAAAAGCAUCCUUUCUGAACUCUGCUUUUACCAGUUGAGCCUCUUUCCAAAGCCUUCAGGUAGCUCCGUUGCUUUGAGUAGCUAAACAGCCUCCAGAACAAUAUUGCGUAUAAACUAUUAUUUGAUCUUUUAUUAUUGGUCCUCUUCAGCCACAAUUUUUUAAAAAAAUAAAUGAAUAUAUAGAGUGAA